AUAAUGAGUUGCUGGUUAGUACAGUCUUUAAACGUUGUUGAAGCUUUCAUUAUUCAGAGCCUCCUCCGUGGGAACUGUCGGCAAAUUACAAGAAGUUGAGAUCAAUGGUUAUAAAAAUCGACCAAGUAUAACAUCCAUGGCGGUCAUCCAUUUUGUGAUUCAAUUAUUGCCUUGUAUCACGUUGAUACUAGCGCAGCCCCAAUAUCCUAACGUCAAUAUAAACUUUUUAGGUCAACCAUACGGUGCAGCUUAUAAAGUGAAUCUGCCUGCAUCACAGCCCUGUUUAGUGCGUGGCCAAUCACUCACAAGAAGAGAUGACUACACGUACACAUCGGGUAUCGGUGGUUACAAGGUUCACACACGAGCGCUUCUAUGGAUUGACGCUUUAAUGAUUUGCCAAGAAGAAGGCGGGCAUUUGGCUGUCCUUAACUCCGUAGCCGAAGCAAAUGCAGUCACUCAGCUGGUUAAGGACUCACCGGCCAUAAUUGGAUCACCUUUACCACAUUUUGUCGGCAUUGGGUUUCACGACCUUUAUCGCGAAGGUAGAUACUUCACAAUUCACGGCCAGACAUUAUCGGAAGCUGGAUAUUCAAAGUGGCCGCCUGGAGAACCAAACAAUAUAUGGAACAACAAGCCGGAAAAUUGCGGAUCCUUGGACGAAAAUGGGCAACUCAAUGAUAUCGGCUGCGAUGUUCAAAUUGGUUUUGUAUGCGAGCUGCCAAUGUAUUGAUGAAGAUCUGGAUCGAAAGUGACUGAUCUUUAUUCACA